AUGUUGUGGUCGAUCUGGUGUGAAGGCGUAUCGGGACUGGUGGGAGUCUGGGAUUCCGAAACCCACAAGCGACUGGUUCCCGCAACCGAAAGAAUACCUCAAUUGGUCCUCUAUUCGAGUAUUAUUCAGCCCUUGGAAGCUAUGCGACAAUUUCAACGAGUUUUUGUGGAAUUGCAAUUGAUGCUCACUUUCUGGCACGAAAUGAACAGACAAGUGAACGAGAAAACACGGGAGAUGUCGUUAAUCCAAAAUCAAAAAUUGGCCGACAAACUGUCGCAGGAAUCGCGGCACCGACGUGACCACACUCGCUUACAUCGACCCGGGGAACCGGGGGACAUGGUAGAUCGCUCCAGUGAUCGUCUGGAUGGACAUACGUCUGAAAUGUCGCCGGGACGAAAUAGGCAUCGAGGUGACAGUAUGCCUCACGCUACCUCGGCCUCAUAUCCACAAUGGCGUUUGUCUGAAUCGGAGCGCAAAGUGUCUAACACCGGAACAGACAGUGUGGAUGGAGGGAUGAGACAAUGGUCCAGCAGCAGUUACCGCAAUGAUGAGGAUAGUAGUGAUUCGGAUAGGGAGAAAAGUACCUAUCACGAUCGGACCACGGUCUUUAGCGGAACAAGUAACGAUACAAAGCGAUCGUCUAGCUCAAGUUCUACCUCUAGGGGAAGACAUUGA